AUGGCCUUAGUUCCUAUCAGACAAGAACUGACGACUACAACCACUCCACCCAAACCAAUUGGUCCUCGUACAUUUUUUAUGCAACAAUGUGUUGGAAUAGCUUGCAAUAAAGAAGUUACAACAGUAGAAAUAACCUACUACGACUCUAACACUUUACGAGUAAUGGAACUUGUGAUGAUCGUUGUGGUUUUGAUGCUCAACGCCCUUCUCAUUGCUGCUGUAGUCCUGGCACGAAAGCGAUGUCGUGUAAGUGUGGAAAGCCCAUUUAGCAAAAAUUUCUAUGAUCUUAAGACUUAG